AUGUACCUUACAAGCGAGUGGUUAGCAUAUGAACAGCAACUUGGAGGUCGCCCUAAGAUUUCCGGGACCUGGCAAGAGAUCAGGACAGCGUAUAAUGGACUUUGCGAAGUGAUAGGGGCGAAACUUCCGCCAUCUGAUCUUUCACUGUUGUCUCAGGACAUCAAGAUAUCGGGUCAUGUAUCUGUCCGAAUAUAUACACCGACGCAAACCUACCCUGGGAAGCCUCUUCCGCUGGGCGUUUAUUGCCACGGGGGUGGUUUCAUAGCUGGAAGCGUCAAUGCAAGUUUCGAAGAUUAUACCUGCCGUUACAUUUCACUCAAUACUCCCUGUAUCUUGGUAUCCGUGGAUUUCCGACUUGCGCCAGAGCAUCCUGUUCCGGCGCAAAUUCAAGACGUCUUCGAAGGAUUUCAAUGGGCCUACGAAAACUGCGAAGGACUCGGUGGCGACAAGUCUAAGUGUUUUCUCAUCGGUGCCUCCGUGGGCGGCGGUCUUGCUCUUGCGGCCGCUCACCGCCUCAUCGAGAGCGGCAUGCGGUCAUCGCUUGUCGGCGUUGUUGCUCUCGCCCCGAUCACCCUCCACCCAGAGCAUGUACCGGAUGAUUUCAAAGACGACUUCACCGCGUACUCUGAGAAUGCAGAUGGGCCGCUAAUUGAUAAAGCUGCUAUGUACAACUUCAAUGCCCAAAAUGGCUGCGACGAGAUGAAGGACGAUCCCUAUGUGUUUCCCGCAUUACAUCCUGGGAAGGCACAAUUACCUCCAGUGUACAUUUCGACCUGUGGUGCCGAUCCGCUUCGAGACGACGGGAAGGUGGUCUACUUAGAACUUCAGAAAAUUGGUAUUAAGAGCAGUUUGAGAAACUACCAUGGCCUGCCGCAUUUCUUCUGGAUAUUUCCUGAAAUCAAGGAGGGUGAUAAUUUCAGAGCUGACACAGUGAAUGGUAUUCACUUCGUUCUCGGCUAA